AUGUUCUUGCAAGGAAAUAUCAGAAAGGAAAACAAAGACACCUGGAAUAUGAAAGAGCACGCCACCGCGUUCUCAAAGACCUUCUAUAAAUAUCAACAAAGCUACAAAGAAAAGUUAUGUCGAUAAUAGAGAACAAGACAUUGCCGAGAACACAAUGGUAUUCUUGUUUAUAUAUUGCGGUUGAACUUCCAAGAAUCCCAACUUUAUUAUCAUAUCAAAUCUACAAACUUUUACAAACCAAUAUACAGAUACAUACAUUUCUAACCAACAAGAAAACAAAAGCAAACAAGUAAGUAAACUACUCCAAAUAGCAAUAUGCAGUCUCCUUGGUCUAUUCCUUCCGCAGGUUCUCCCCACGAAUCUACAGACAGCACCAACGGGUCCGGGUCAACAACUUGGAGUUUUCGAAGGGGAGAAGAUGACACCCUCGAUGGAGCCAACAAGAAAACCGCCGAAGAUUACGAAAAACUCCUGCAGAAAUACCAGCAAGAAGAGCAGGCACGAAAGAUCGCCCCACCACCUUCCAGCUCACGACCACGUCUAACAUUCGGCGUCGAGAUAGAGUUUUGUCUCGCCUACCUCGUACCGUCCGGAACGAUCUACCGCAACGGAGGGCGCCCUCGGAAUGGUUUACCACAUACCACGAAUCCCGACCCUGAGGACGGACGUAUCGUCAAGGGAAUAGCAACGACCGAGCCCGAAGCCGCUGUACUUGACCAGUUAGAAGGGCUUGAGAAAUUCACGUAUACCGAAACCCGCGCUAUCCAACGACAGCGCGAAGCAUUCCAGCAUAUCAUCAAGGCUCUCGCAGAGUAUGGGAUCGCAUGUCGCGAUCGGUUUCCCAACAACAGAGCGGACCCCAACGCGGACCCCUUUGCGUGGACCUUGACGGGUGAUGGAUCGGUUGAUAAUCCUACUACGGACACAGCUGCAAACUACAAUUUCUGUGAUGUCGAGAUUGCUAGUCCUCCUUUCUACAACCAUCCAGACAGCCAUGCAGAAGUACAAAGGGUUCUUGAUAUUCUGACUUAUACAUACAGAAUCAACUGCGAUACCAACGAAACAUGCGGGCUGCACGUCCAUGUAUCUAGCGAUUGGAACCCCAAUCCCAACCUUGAACUCCCGGUAAAGCGAUCCCCAGGUUUCCACCCGAGGAAUCUGGCGAAUCUGAUGGCAACCCUCUGGGUCUUUGAAUCUGUCUUGGAAAUCAUCCAUCCAAAACAUAGGAGAAAAUACGCAUCAUGGAGCGCUUUUUGCGAGCCGCUUUGUGUUUCCAGCCAGCUUGCGAUGGAGUAUGACUCUGCUACAAACGAGGAGUGGAAGCGAGAUGGACUCAGGGGGUUGCUGAGUCUGAGAGAGGAACAGGAUUGUAAGGAGAUUUGUAAGCUGUGUGAACCGCAAGCUGAGCGUCUAGCUUAUAAUACUGAGAACCUCCGACUACUUUACGAGACAACACAGGAUAGGAAUAAAAGGACGAUUGAGUUCCGAGGUGCGCAGGCAUCGGUACUUAGCGAAGAGGUUUAUAAUUGGGCCAAGGUAUGUACGGGACUAGUUGAGUUUGCUGAUACGGUCGAUGAGAAGAUACUAGAUACGUUUCUUACGAUUCACCUUGACGACGAGCCUGGAGACUUUAGUGUCUUUGAGUUGGUGUGUGCUAUUGGCAGACCGGAACAAGCAGAGUACUACGACGAGAAGAGCCGGGAGCGAGAUCAAGAGGGAGGGGAUGAAGAAAGUACAACAUCCUACGAACCUGAAGAUUUCUGGAAUUUGUCGGACGUCGAUGAGGAUGAGAUCUAG